AUGCUAAAGAGACAAAUUACAUCAGUUCUGGAGGAGUGUGGAUGGGAGGCAGACAAAAAUGUCAUCAUCACAUGUUUCUCAUUUGCCUCCCAUUCUUUCACCAACUGGAGGAACCAGGUUCGUCAAAAGCUAGUGACUCAAGAUAAGCGGGUCGAGAUGAUGCCCAUCAACAAUCUUCAAAGGUACCUUUUCUCUGCCUUAUGGGUGUCGCCAUCUGAAUCGGAUGUGAAGAUUAAUUUCAGGGUGACCCUUGCACUGAGGGCUUUCGCAGAUGGGCACAGGUUGUUCAAGAACCCAACCACAGCCAUAGACUUCUGGCGUGCGUUUAGAAGGAAUAUUGACACAAUGAUGAAACAGAUACCAGACAGAUGGGUUGCCCUUGAACAGAGAAUGAAAAAGAAAGUUGAAGCUUGCAAUAAAGAAGAUUAAGAAACAGAAA